GCUAACUGUUUUAGUUAGCUAUGGGUCAUCUAAAACUAAUAUUAAUUUUAACAUGGAUAAGUGGCAGCUGUACUGUAGAAAACACUGACGAAAGAUCUCAUUUAACAGAACGUGACGCUGCCGUCAUAGCGUUCUGUGACUUCAACAAUGAUGCACAGCCCUUCUGUAGCUUCAGGCAAGACAGCGCAGAUGACAGUGAUUGGAUUCGCCAUAAGGGCCCCACCCCAACACCUGGCACUGGACCCAGUGGAGAUUACCCUGAUGGAACCGGCUAUUACAUUUACCAUGAGGCUGAUAACGUAGCUAAUGGAAAGAAAGCCCGUUUACUCAGUCCUGUGAUUAACACUGCACCAGCUAAGAUCUGUGUACAGUUUAACUACUUCAUGUAUGGUUCCGACACCAGCAACACCUUGACUGUGCUGGUCAAGCGACCUACCACAGAGGAAACACUAUGGCAGAAAGUUGGCAUCCAAAGUCCGUCAUGGCUCGGGGCAGCUAUUACUGUGGAUAAACCAGCCGGACAGCCUGUUGAAAUUGUGUUUGAAGCAAUGCGUGGGUUCAGCCCAUCAUGUGAUUCAGCCCUGGACAACAUUGACAUUACCGAGGGAGCCUGCCCUGGCUGUAUUAGUGGUUGUGAUUUUGAUGAGAUGGAUAACCUCUGCGGCUGGACCACUAGGGUAUCCGAUUCAUCAAUAAUGGGCUGGGAGUUCUGGAAUGGGCCCACUGAAACACCUGGAACAGGUCCUGAUGACGAUUUCUCCAAACCAGGCUUGGGCAUGUACUUGUUGCUGGAUUCCUUCUCUAGUGUUCCAGGGGCCUCAGCUGAACUGUGGAGUCCAUCCACAGCAUCUUCAUCUUGCCUUCAGCUGAGUUUCCAUUAUUACAUGUUUGGCACUGCAUCAGAAAUGGAGCUUAAUGUGCAUGUGGUUGGCAAUGGUGGAGCCCUGGGAUCUCCUGUUUUCAGUCUUAGAGGAAACCAAGGCAAGGGUUGGAAACCAGCAGACAUUCGUCAUGUUGGCGCAGGAAAUGUUCAAUUUGUGAUUGUUGGUGUGUAUGGAGAAACAGAUGAGACAGACAUUGCUAUUGACAGUGUCUGUAUCACAGCUUGUGAAGCUGUGAUGCCAACAACUGUAAAGCCCACAGUACCCUCAACUCCACAGCCAUCCACACCUCAGCCUACAACACCAAAACCCAUCACACCUAGCCCAUCAACACCAAAGCCCUCAACACCUGAACCAACAACUCCUAAACCAACUACACCUGAACCUUCAACUCCAAAGCCCUCAACACCUGAACCUUCAACACCAAAGCCCUCAACACCCCAACCAACAACUCCUAAACCAACAACUACACCACCACCAGUGAAGUGUCCUGAUAAUGCGGAGUACAUCGAGUGUGGUCCAGCUUGCAUUCCCAGCUGUAAAGAACCCUCCACCAACUGCACUGGCUCUUGUAUCAGCGGCUGCUUCUGCAAACCAGGUUUUGUGUUCCGAGGCAAACGCUGUGUUCCCAUUGAGCAGUGCGGAUGUCUGGAUGAGAACAACAACUACUACGAGCCUGGAGAGAUUGUCUUUGGAAAUGGCUGCUCUGAGCUGUGUCGCUGUGCUGGCAAUUACACCCUGACCUGUGUGGACAAUUCCUGUGACCCCACUGAAGAGUGUCGGGAAGUAGGAGGAGUCCAUGGCUGCUAUCCUAAAGGCACCUCUACCUGUAUUGCCUCGGGUGACCCUCACUACACCACUUUUGACAAGCGCAACUAUAACUUUAUGGGCAACUGCACCUACUUGAUGUCUGAAGCAUGCAACAGCACAGAUGUGCCCUACUUUGCUGUUUACACUGAAAAUGAGAAUCGUUACAACGUUCCUACAAUCAGCUACGUGAGCGCUGUUCAUGUCCACGUUCUGGGAGUGAAAGUGUCCAUCCUGAAAGGAGGAAUUGUGCAGCUGAACGGAACCAAUGUGAAUGUUCCUUUGACUCCUGCUCCUGGAGUAGAUGUCUUCAAAUCUGGAACAUUUUAUACAGUGCUCAUGAACUUUGGUGUGACUGUUCGCUAUGAUGGAAAUCACUACAUGGACAUCAAAGUCAUCAAAGAUUACCAGGACAAGCUGUGUGGUCUGUGUGGAGACUAUAAUGGAAACUCUAUGGAUGACUUCCGCACCCCCGCUGGUGAUCUGGUUAACAGCGCAACUGACUUUGGCAACAGUUGGAACACAGACCCUGACUGCAACAAGUCUCCAGUGGACCCAAGCCCUGACUGCACAGAAGCUGAAGAAGAGCUUUAUGAGAGUCCAGCAUACUGUGGUAUCAUACUGGACAGCAAAGGUCCAUUUGCUGUGUGUCAUCCUAAAGUCAAUCCUAAUAGUUUCUUCAAAAACUGUGUGUUUGAUUUGUGUGCGUUGGGCGGACCUGACUCUGCUUUGUGUGAAGCGAUUGAAGCCUACGCCAACGAGUGCCAGGACCGAGGUGUCAACAUCGGCCCGUGGAGAAACACAACCUUCUGCCCUCUCGAGUGUCCACCCAACAGCCACUACGACCCCUGCGUCCCCCCUUGCCAGCCCUCCUGUACUACUCCCCCACCCAGCCAGUGCACUGGACCCUGCUCUGAGGGGUGUGCAUGUGACCCAGGCUACAUACUCAGUGCUGGCAAGUGUGUGAAACAGGAUACAUGUGGCUGCACACACAAUGGACAGUAUUACAAGCCUGGAGAGGAGUUCUACACUAAGGACUGUGAUCUGCUGUGCAAGUGCAAUCCUCCAUUCGUCUCCUGCAGUGCUGCUGAAUGCCCUCCUCUACAGCAGUGUGGUGUGCAGGGAGGACAGAUAGGAUGCUACCCAGUUGACUACAAAGACUGCAUAAUUUCUGGUGAUCCCCAUUACACCACCUUUGAUAAAAGAUACUACACCUUCAUGGGAACCUGCACCUACACAGUGGCUCGCCCUUGCCGAAACAACACUGGCCCUUGGUUCUCUGUGGAGGGGAAGAAUGAGGAGAGAGGACUUGCUGGUAUAUCGUAUCUCAGGACAUUGUAUGUGACUGUGGAUAACAUUACUGUGACCAUGAGGAAGAGCAGAACCAUUUUGGUAAACGGUCUGAGAGUAGGACUACCACACUCGCCCUCCCCUCUGAUCUCGAUAACCUUAGCUGGACAGUACGUCAUUCUUACCACUCCGUUUGGACUGGAGGUGCGCUGGGAUGGCAACCACUAUGCCAAGAUCACUGUGCCCAGCACCUACUAUGAGCAGAUGUGUGGCCUCUGUGGUGAUUACAAUGGAAAUCCCAACAAUGAUUUUACCAAACCAGAUGGAUCCAUAUCUGGCAACAUAAAUGAUUUUGGCAACAGCUGGCAGACUGAUGAAGAUGAAGAUGACACGUGCAAGCCCGUCAAACCUGAACCUCCAUGUGACCCAAGCCUUGAGGCUGAAGUCUCUAAACCAGAGAAAUGCGGGAAAAUCACAGACACCAGUGGGCCUUUCAGGGAUUGUAUAAAGGUUGUGGACCCUACGCCAUUCUUCCAGAGCUGUGUGUUUGACAUGUGUCGCUAUCAGGGACUGAUACAAACCCUGUGUGAUCAGCUCCAGGCCUACACUGAUGCUUGCCUCGGUGCAGGAGCACCAGUUCACCAGUGGAGGGAGCCAGACUUCUGCCCUCUGGUUUGUCCUCUGAACAGCCACUACUCCACAUGUGUGAGUUCAUGUCCAGAAACAUGUUUAGGUGUGAGCGGACCCCUCGGCUGUGGAGAGAAGUGUGUUGAAGGCUGUGAGUGUGACCCCGGCUUUGUUCUGAGCAACAACAAGUGUGUACCUCUCAAAGACUGUGGCUGUGUGGACCCUAAUGGCUCUUACCACCCUAUAAAUGAGAGCUGGUAUCUGGAGGGAUGUGGGCAGCAGUGUGUGUGUCUGGGUGGGAGAAUCAUCCAGUGCUUCAACAGCAGCUGCCUGCCUACCGAGAGCUGCCAACUGCAAGAUGGAGAAUACAUCUGCAAACCCACUGAUGGACAUACGACACCUGGACCCUCAACACCAAAGCCCUCAACACCUGGACCUUCAACACCAAAGCCCUCAACACCUGGACCUUCAACACCAAAGCCCUCAACACCUGGACCUUCAACACCAAAGCCCUCAACACCUGAACCUUCAACACCAAAGCCCUCAACACCUGGACCUUCAACACCAAAGCCCUCAACACCCCAACCAACAACUCCUAAACCAACAACUACACCACCACCAGUGAAGUGUCCUGAUAAUGCGGAGUACAUCGAGUGUGGUCCAGCUUGCAUUCCCAGCUGUAAAGAACCCUCCACCAACUGCACUGGCUCUUGUAUCAGCGGCUGCUUCUGCAAACCAGGUUUUGUGUUCCGAGGCAAACGCUGUGUUCCCAUUGAGCAGUGCGGAUGUCUGGAUGAGAACAACAACUACUACGAGCCUGGAGAGAUUGUCUUUGGAAAUGGCUGCUCUGAGCUGUGUCGCUGUGCUGGCAAUUACACCCUGACCUGUGUGGACAAUUCCUGUGACCCCACUGAAGAGUGUCGGGAAGUGGGAGGAGUCCAUGGCUGCUAUCCUAAAGGCACCUCUACCUGUAUUGCCUCGGGUGACCCUCACUACACCACUUUUGACAAGCGCAACUAUAACUUUAUGGGCAACUGCACCUACUUGAUGUCUGAAGCAUGCAACAGCACAGAUGUGCCCUACUUUGCUGUUUACACUGAAAAUGAGAAUCGUUACAACGUUCCUACAGUCAGCUACGUGAGCGCUGUUCAUGUCCACGUUCUGGGAGUGAAAGUGUCCAUCCUGAAAGGAGGAAUAGUGCAGCUGAACGGAACCAAUGUGAAUGUUCCUUUGACUCCUGCUCCUGGAGUAGAUGUCUUCAAAUCUGGAACAUUUUAUACAGUGCUCAUGAACUUUGGUGUGACUGUUCGCUAUGAUGGAAAUCACUACAUGGACAUCAAAGUCAUCAAAGAUUACCAGGACAAGCUGUGUGGUCUGUGUGGAGACUAUAAUGGAAACUCUUUGGAUGACUUCCGCACCCCCGCUGGUGAUCUGGUUAACAGCGCAACUGACUUUGGCAACAGUUGGAACACAGACCCUGACUGCAACAAGUCUCCAGUGGACCCAAGCCCUGACUGCACAGAAGCUGAAGAAGAGCUUUAUGAGAGUCCAGCAUACUGUGGUAUCAUACUGGACAGCAAAGGUCCAUUUGCUGUGUGUCAUCCUAAAGUCAAUCCUAAUAGUUUCUUCAAAAACUGUGUGUUUGAUUUGUGUGCGUUGGGCGGACCUGACUCUGCUUUGUGUGAAGCGAUUGAAGCCUACGCCAACGAGUGCCAGGAUCGAGGUGUCAACAUCGGCCCGUGGAGAAACACAACCUUCUGCCCUCUCGAGUGUCCACCCAACAGCCACUACGACCCCUGCGUCCCCCCUUGCCAGCCCUCCUGUACUACUCCCCCACCCAGCCAGUGCACUGGACCCUGCUCUGAGGGGUGUGCAUGUGACCCAGGCUACAUACUCAGUGCUGGCAAGUGUGUGAAACAGGAUACAUGUGGCUGCACACACAAUGGACAGUAUUACAAGCCUGGAGAGGAGUUCUACACUAAGGACUGUGAUCUGCUGUGCAAGUGCAAUCCUCCAUUCGUCUCCUGCAGUGCUGCUGAAUGCCCUCCUCUACAGCAGUGUGGUGUGCAGGGAGGACAGAUAGGAUGCUACCCAGUUGACUACAAAGACUGCAUAAUUUCUGGUGAUCCCCAUUACACCACCUUUGAUAAAAGAUACUACACCUUCAUGGGAACCUGCACCUACACAAUGGCUCGCCCUUGCCGAAACAACACUGGCCCUUGGUUCUCUGUGGAGGGGAAGAAUGAGGAGAGAGGACUUGCUGGUAUAUCGUAUCUCAGGACAUUGUAUGUGACUGUGGAUAACAUUACUGUGACCAUGAGGAAGAGCAGAACCAUUUUGGUAAACGGUCUGAGAGUAGGACUACCACACUCGCCCUCCCCACUGAUCUCGAUAACCUUAGCUGGACAGUACGUCAUUCUUACCACUCCGUUUGGACUGGAGGUGCGCUGGGAUGGCAACCACUAUGCCAAGAUCACUGUGCCCAGCACCUACUAUGAGCAGAUGUGUGGCCUCUGUGGUGAUUACAAUGGAAAUCCCAACAAUGAUUUUACCAAACCAGAUGGAUCCAUAUCUGGCAACAUAAAUGAUUUUGGCAACAGCUGGCAGACUGAUGAAGAUGAAGAUGACACGUGCAAGCCCGUCAAACCUGAACCUCCAUGUGACCCAAGCCUUGAGGCUGAAGUCUCUAAACCAGAGAAAUGCGGGAAAAUCACAGACACCAGUGGGCCUUUCAGGGAUUGUAUAAAGGUUGUGGACCCUACGCCAUUCUUCCAGAGCUGUGUGUUUGACAUGUGUCGCUAUCAGGGACUGAUACAAACCCUGUGUGAUCAGCUCCAGGCCUACACUGAUGCUUGCCUCGGUGCAGGAGCACCAGUUCACCAGUGGAGGGAGCCAGACUUCUGCCCUCUGGUUUGUCCUCUGAACAGCCACUACUCCACAUGUGUGAGUUCAUGUCCAGAAACAUGUUUAGGUGUGAGCGGACCCCUCGGCUGUGGAGAGAAGUGUGUUGAAGGCUGUGAGUGUGACCCCGGCUUUGUUCUGAGCAACAACAAGUGUGUACCUCUCAAAGACUGUGGCUGUGUCGACCCUAAUGGCUCUUACCACCCUAUAAAUGAGAGCUGGUAUCUGGAGGGAUGUGGGCAGCAGUGUGUGUGUCUGGGUGGGAGAAUCAUCCAGUGCUUCAACAGCAGCUGCCUGCCUACCGAGAGCUGCCAACUGCAAGAUGGAGAAUACAUCUGCAAACCCACUGAUGGACAUACGACACCUGGACCUUCAACACCAAAGCCCUCAACACCUGGACCUUCAACACCAAAGCCCUCAACACCUGAACCUUCAACACCAAAGCCCUCAACACCUGGACCUUCAACACCAAAGCCCUCAACACCUGAACCUUCAACACCAAAGCCCUCAACACCCCAACCAACAACUCCUAAACCAACAACUACACCACCACCAGUGAAGUGUCCUGAUAAUGCGGAGUACAUCGAGUGUGGUCCAGCUUGCAUUCCCAGCUGUAAAGAACCCUCCACCAACUGCACUGGCUCUUGUAUCAGCGGCUGUUUCUGCAAACCAGGUUUUGUGUUCCGAGGCAAACGCUGUGUUCCCAUUGAGCAGUGCGGAUGUCUGGAUGAGAACAACAACUACUACGAGCCUGGAGAGAUUGUCUUUGGAAAUGGCUGCUCUGAGCUGUGUCGCUGUGCUGGCAAUUACACCCUGACCUGUGUGGACAAUUCCUGUGACCCCACUGAAGAGUGUCGGGAAGUGGGAGGAGUCCAUGGCUGCUAUCCUAAAGGCACCUCUACCUGUAUUGCCUCGGGUGACCCUCACUACACCACUUUUGACAAGCGCAACUAUAACUUUAUGGGCAACUGCACCUACUUGAUGUCUGAAGCAUGCAACAGCACAGAUGUGCCCUACUUUGCUGUUUACACUGAAAAUGAGAAUCGUUACAACGUUCCUACAAUCAGCUACGUGAGCGCUGUCCAUGUCCACGUUCUGGGAGUGAAGGUGUCCAUCCUGAAAGGAGGAAUAGUGCAGCUGAACGGAACCAAUGUGAAUGUUCCUUUGACUCCUGCUCCUGGAGUAGAUGUCUUCAAAUCUGGAACAUUUUACACAGUGCUCAUGAACUUUGGUGUGACUGUUCGCUAUGAUGGAAAUCACUACAUGGACAUCAAAGUCAUCAAAGAUUACCAGGACAAGCUGUGUGGUCUGUGUGGAGACUAUAAUGGAAACUCUAUGGAUGACUUCCGCACCCCCGCUGGUGAUCUGGUUAACAGCGCAACUGACUUUGGCAACAGUUGGAACACAGACCCUGACUGCAACAAGUCUCCAGUGAACCCAAGCCCUGACUGCACAGAAGCUGAAGAAGAGCUUUAUGAGAGUCCAGCAUACUGUGGUAUCAUACUGGACAGCAAAGGUCCAUUUGCUGUGUGUCAUCCUAAAGUCAAUCCUAAUAGUUUCUUCAAAAACUGUGUGUUUGAUUUGUGUGCGUUGGGCGGACCUGACUCUGCUUUGUGUGAAGCGAUCGAAGCCUACGCCAACGAGUGCCAGGAUCGAGGUGUCAACAUCGGCCCCUGGAGAAACACAACCUUCUGCCCUCUGGAAUGCCCACCCAACAGUCACUACGACCCCUGCGUCUCCCCUUGCCAGCCCUCCUGUACUACUCCCCCACCCAGCCAGUGCACUGGACCCUGCUCUGAGGGGUGUGCAUGUGACCCAGGCUACAUACUCAGUGCUGGCAAGUGUGUGAAACAGGAUACAUGUGGCUGCACACAUAAUGGACAGUAUUACAAGCCUGGAGAGGAGUUCUACACUAAGGACUGUGAUCUGCUGUGCAAGUGCAAUCCUCCAUUCGUCUCCUGCAGUGCUGCUGAAUGCCCUCCUCUACAGCAGUGUGGUGUGCAGGGAGGACAGAUAGGAUGCUACCCAGUUGGCUAUGAGGACUGCAUCAUUUCUGGUGAUCCUCAUUACACCACUUUUGAUAAAAAAUUCUACACCUUCAUGGGAACCUGCACCUACACACUGGCUCGCCCUUGCCGAAACAACACUGGCCCUUGGUUCUCUGUGGAGGGGAAGAAUGAGGAGAGAGGACUUGCUGGUGUAUCGUAUCUCAGGAAGUUGUAUGUGACUGUUGAUAACAUCACUGUGACCAUGAUGAAGAGCAGAACCAUUCUGGUGAAUGGACUGAGAGUUGGACUACCACACUCCCCCUCUCCACUGAUAUCUAUAACCUUAGCUGGACAGUAUGUUAUUCUCACCACUCCAUUUGGCCUGGAGGUUCGCUGGGAUGGCAACCAUUACGCCAAGAUCACUGUGCCCAGCACCUACUAUGAGCAGAUGUGUGGACUGUGUGGCGACUACAAUGGAAACUCCAAUAAUGACUUCACAAAGCCAAAUGGUUCCUUGGCCGGCAACAUAAAUGAUUUUGGCAGCAGCUGGCAGACUGAUGAAGAUGAAGAUGACAUUUGCAAGCCUGUCCUACCCGAACCACCAUGUGACCCAAGCAUUGAGGCUGAAGUGGUUAAACCAGAGAAGUGUGGAAAAAUUACAGACACCAGUGGACCAUUCAGGGAUUGUAUAAAGGUUGUGGACCCUACGCCGUUCUUCCAGAGCUGUGUGUUUGACAUGUGUCGCUAUCAGGGACUGAUACAGACCCUGUGUGAUCAGCUCCAGGCCUACACUGAUGCUUGCCUCGGUGUAGGAGCACCAGUUCACCAGUGGAGGGAGCCAGACUUCUGCCCUCUGGUUUGUCCUCCGAACAGCCACUACUCCACAUGUGUGAGUUCAUGUCCAGAAACAUGUUUAGGUGUGAGCGGACCCCUCGGCUGUGGAGAGAAGUGUGUUGAAGGCUGUGAGUGUGACCCCGGCUUUGUUCUGAGCAACAACAAGUGUGUACCUCUUAAAGACUGUGGCUGUGUCGACCCUAAUGGCUCUUACCACCCUAUAAACGAGAGCUGGUUUCUGGAGGGAUGUGGGCAGCAGUGUGUGUGUCUGGGUGGGAGAAUCAUCCAGUGCUUCAACAGCAGCUGCCUGCCUACCGAGAGCUGCCAACUGCAAGAUGGAGAAUACAUCUGCAAACCCACUGAUGGACAUACCACAUCUGGCCCAUCAACACCAAAGCCCUCAACACCUGAACCUUCAACACCAAAGCCCUCAACACCCCAACCAACAACUCCUAAACCAACAACUACACCACCACCAGUGAAGUGUCCUGAUAAUGCGGAGUACAUUGAGUGUGGUCCAGCUUGCAUUCCCAGCUGUAAAGAACCCUCCACCAACUGCACUGGCUCUUGUAUUAGCGGCUGCUUCUGCAAACCAGGUUUUGUGUUCCGAGGCAAACGCUGUGUUCCCAUUGAGCAGUGCGGAUGUCUGGAUGAUAACAACAACUACUACGAGCCUGGAGAGAUUGUCUUUGGAAAUGGCUGCUCUGAGCUGUGUCGCUGUGCUGGCAAUUACACCCUGACCUGUGUGGACAAUUCCUGUGACCCCACUGAAGAGUGUCGGGAAGUAGGAGGAGUCCAUGGCUGCUAUCCUAAAGGCACUUCCACCUGUUUAGCCACAUCUGACCCUCACUACACCACCUUUGACAAGCGGCGCUAUAGCUUCAUGGGCAACUGCACCUACUUGAUGUCUGAAGCAUGCAACAGCACUGAUGUGCCCUACUUUGCUGUUUACACUGAAAAUGAGAAUCGUUACAACAUUCCUACAGUCAGCUACGUGAGCGCUGUUCAUGUCCACGUUCUGGGACUGAAGGUGUCCAUCCUGAAAGGAGGAAUUGUGCAGCUGAACGGAACCAAUGUGAACAUUCCUUUGACUCCGACUCCUGGAGUAGAUGUCUUUAAAUCUGGAACACUCUACACAGUGCUCAUGAACUUUGGUGUGACUGUUCGCUAUGAUGGAAAUCACUAUGUAGACAUCAAAGUCAUCAAAGACUACGAGGACAAGCUGUGUGGUCUGUGUGGAGAUUAUAACGGAGACUCCAAGGAUGACUUCCGCACCCCCGCUGGUGAACUGGUCAACAGUGUGACUGACUUUGGCAACAGCUGGAACACAGACCCUGAGUGCAACAAGUCCCCAGAGGGCCCGACCCCUGAAUGCACUGAAGAAGAGCUUUAUGAGAGUCCAGCCUACUGUGGUAUCAUACUGGACAGCAAAGGUCCAUUUGCUGUGUGUCAUCCUAAAGUCAAUCCUAAUAAUUUCUUCAAAAACUGUGUGUUUGAUAUGUGUGCACUGGGUGGUCCUCACUCUGCUUUGUGUGAGGCGAUUGAAGCCUACGUCAACGAGUGCCAAGACCGAGGUGUCAACAUCGGCCCCUGGAGAAACACCACCUUCUGCCCCCUCACAUGUCCACCCAACAGUCACUACGACCCCUGCGUCCCCCCUUGCCCGCCUUCCUGUACAACUUCCCCACCCAGCCAGUGCACUGGACCCUGCUCUGAGGGGUGUGCAUGUGAUCCGGGCUACAUACUCAGUGCUGGCAAGUGUGUAAAACAGGAUACAUGUGGCUGCACACACAAUGGACAGUAUUACAAGCCUGGAGAGGAGUUCUACACUAAGGACUGUGAUCUGCUGUGCAAGUGCAAUCCUCCAUUCGUCUCCUGCAGUGCUGCUGAAUGCCCUCCUCUACAGCAGUGUGGUGUGCAGGGAGGACAGAUAGGAUGCUACCCAGUUGGCUAUGAGGACUGCAUCAUUUCUGGUGAUCCUCAUUACACCACCUUUGAUAAAAAAUUCUACACCUUCAUGGGAACCUGCACCUACACACUGGCACGUCCUUGCCGAAACAACACUGGCCCUUGGUUCUCUGUGGAGGGGAAGAAUGAGGAGAGAGGACUUGCUGGUGUAUCAUAUCUCAGGAAGUUGUAUGUAACUGUUGAUAACAUCACUGUGACCAUGAUGAAGAGUAGAACCAUUCGGGUGAAUGGUCUGAGAGUAGGACUACCACACUCCCCCUCUCCACUGAUCUCUAUAACCUUAGCUGGACAGUACGUCAUUCUCUCCACUACAUUUGGCCUGGAGGUGCGCUGGGAUGGCAACCACUAUGCCAAGAUCACUGUGCCCAGCACCUACUAUGAGCAGAUGUGUGGACUGUGUGGCGACUACAACGGAAACCCCAAUAAUGACUUCACAAAACCAAAUGGUUCCUUGGCCGGCAACAUAAAUGAUUUUGGCAGCAGCUGGCAGACUGAUGAAGAUGAAGAUGACACAUGCAAACCUGUCCCACCUGAACCACCAUGUGACCCAAGCAUUGAGGCUGAAGUGGUUAAACCAGAUAAGUGUGGAAAAAUCACAGACACCAGUGGACCAUUCAGGGAUUGUAUAAAGGUUGUGGACCCUACGCCGUUCUUCCAGAGCUGUGUGUUUGACAUGUGUCGCUAUCAGGGACUGAUACAGACCCUGUGUGAUCAGCUCCAGGCCUACACUGAUGCUUGCCUCAGUGCAGGAGCACCAGUUCACCAGUGGAGGGAGCCAGACUUCUGCCCUCUGGUUUGUCCUCCGAACAGCCACUACUCCACAUGUGUGAGUUCAUGUCCAGAGACAUGUUUAGGUGUGAGCGGACCCCUCGGCUGUGGAGAGAAGUGUGUUGAAGGCUGUGAGUGUGACCCCGGCUUUGUUCUGAGCAACAACAAGUGUGUACCUCUCAAAGACUGUGGCUGUGUGGACCCUGAAGGCUCCUACCACCCUAUAAAUGACAAGUGGUAUCUGGAGGGAUGUGGGCAGCAGUGUGUGUGUCUGGGUGGAAGAAUUAUCCAGUGCUUCAACAGCAGCUGCCUGCCUACAGAGAGCUGCCAACUGCAAGAUGGAGAAUACAUUUGCAAACCCAAUGAAAUUACAGGACCAGGCAUGUGCUCAGUGUGCGGAGACCCCCACUACACUUCUUUUGAUAACAAGGUUCAUCACUUCAUGGGUGCCUGUUCCUACACCCUCACAAAGCCUUGCAAUGAUACCGAUGGCCUGCCAUACUUCACUGUUGAGACCGAGAAUGAGCACAGAAGCAACAACAACAAAGUGUCCUAUGUAAAAUCAGUAAUUGUCAAUGUUUUUGGCAUGAAGAUCAUACUUGAUAAAGGACGUAAAGUCCAGGUGAAUGGCGUUCAGGUGACUGUGCCUGUCACUCUGUUGAAUGAUGUUAAGAUCUUCCUCAGCGGGAAGUUUGUGGUGCUGGAGACUAACUUUGGCCUGCGUGCCCGUUUCGAUGGAAAUCACUACGCCGAUAUCAGCCUCCCUUCUCCCUACAAAGGCCUUCUGUGUGGAAUGUGUGGAAACUUCAACGACAACCCAGCUGAUGAUAACAUCAUGUCAAAUGGAAAGCCUACAGACAGCACCAAUGAGCUGGGAGAGAGCUGGCAGGUGCCUGACGACAGACCUGAUUGUUCUCAUGGAGGUGGGGAUAUUGAAUGUGAUAAAAAUAUUGAAAAUGAGGCUCAAAAACCCACCAGCUGUGGCAUGAUUACAGACAUUACCGGAAUCUUUAAGGAAUGCCAUAAAUUUGUGUCGCCUGACCCAUAUUUUGAGAGCUGCGUGUUUGACCAGUGUGGCACAGAUGGAUCUGCCGUGGCACUCUGCCAGGCUAUUGAGAGCUAUGCUACCCUGUGUGCCCAAGCUGGGGUACCAAUCAACUGGAGGAACAACACAUUCUGUCCCCUGAAAUGUCCUGCUGGUAGUCACUAUGAGCACUGUGGUACAGCAUGCUCUCCGAGCUGUCAGGACCCAGGCGCGGCUGGCACGUGUACAGAGCCAUGCGUGGAAGGCUGUGUGUGUGACACAGGACUGAUACUCAGUGGAGACAAGUGUGUGCCCUUCAGUGAAUGUGGAUGUACAGACAAGAACAGCAACUACAGACCUGUUGGAGAUAGCUGGUUUACUAAGGACGACUGCUCUGAGAGAUGUGUUUGCUCUCCUUUCAACAAUGUGACAUGUGAAGCAUGGAGGUGCAGCCCUGCACAGGAGUGUAAAGUUCACGAGGGUCAGCUGGGCUGUGUGGAUACAGGAGUGGGUAUUUGCCACAUAGCGGGCGAUCCUCAUUACUACACCUUUGACGGCGUCAUGCACACUUACAUGGGUACAUGUACCUACACACUGGUGGCCAUCUGCGACGAGUCCAUGGUGACUCCCUUUACCAUCGUGGCUAAGAAUGAGGAACGUGGCCUGCCCGAAGCCUCCUACGUCCGCUCUGUCACAGUCUACCUGCCUGGAGCUGUCAUCACACUCAGCAAGAGCAAGAGAGUUCUGCUGGAUGGACAAAGAAUCCGGACCCCCAUGGACAUCCUUGCAGCCAAUGCCCAGGUGUUUACCAGUGGAGUCAAUACCGUGCUGUCCACUGACUUUGGCCUGAUCGUCCAGUUUGAUGGUGUUCACCACGUAGAGAUCACUGUACCCGGAGACUACUUUAACAAGGUGUGUGGAAUGUGCGGUAACUACAAUGGUAAUUCCAGUGAUGACAACUUGAUGCCAAAUGGAAACCCAGCUAAAGAUGAUAUAGAGUUGGGUGACAGCUGGAAAGCAGAGGGUGACAGUGACCCAGGAUGCCAGCCAGACCUGCGUCCAGACGUCCAUCCUAACUGCACAGCCGAGGAAGAGGAAGCAAUUGCAGCUCAGUGCAGCAGUAUCAUCCUGUCAGAUCGCUUCAAGCCCUGUCAUUCACUCAUUCCUCCUGAGCCCUUUUUGGGGAACUGCAUCUAUGAUAUGUGCGAAUACAACGGCAUGCAGUCCACACUGUGCGACAAUGUAGAAGCUUACGCCCAGGCCUGCCAGAGCGCUGGAGUGACCAUCAGCUGGAGAAACACCACUUUCUGCCCUCUUCCAUGCCCUCCAAACAGCCACUAUUCAGACUGCACGCCCCCCUGCCCUCCUACCUGUGCUGACCUCUUCCCCAUCUUCUGCCCCCUGCCUCCCAACGGCUGUGUGGAAGGCUGCCAGUGCAAUUCAGGCUUUGUUCUGAGUGAUGGCAAAUGUGUGCCACUUUCUAACUGUGGAUGUGUGGGCAGUAACGGAGAGUACCAUGAUGUUGGAGAUUCUUGGAUAACAGAACACUGUGAUCAGAAGUGCACGUGCACUCUGGGAGGAGUGCUGUCCUGUAAGGACUUUGAGUGCGGCUCCAGUUCCAUCUGUGCCCUGGAUAAAGAUGGAGAACGCUUCUGCAGACCUGAGAGUUUUGGCAAGUGUGCCAUUUCUGGAGAUCCACACUACCGCACCUUUGACACAUUCAACCACCACUACCAGGGUGCAUAUACAUAUAUUCUAGCCAGGGACCAUAAUCUGCCAAGUAACCUCACGCCCUUCAAAGUUAGGGGCAAGAAUGCCCGCAAAGGAGGCAACAACCGCAUUUCCUACCUGCAUGAGGUCUAUGUGGACGUGUAUGACAUCAAUGUUCGCAUUCUUCAGGCCAAGGUUCUGCUGGUUGAUGGUGAGCGGGUUUUCCCUCCUCUCAGCCCUAAACAGGGAAUCAGAAUCGCAAUGAACUCCCGGUACCUGCAGGUCUCAACUGACUUUGGUCUUACAGUGCGCUUUGAUGGCAACAUGCAAGGAGAGAUAUUGCUUCCAAGCCCCUACAAGUCUUUUGUGGGUGGCCUGUGUGGAAACUUUGACGGUCGCACCAACAACGAGUACAUGAAGCCUGACGGCACAAUUGCCCGCCUCCUCGGCGAGUUUGGAGACAGCUGGAGAGUGACCGACAGACAAGCAGAGGGUCUCCAAGUCUCAGACCUGCCCAAACUUACCCGCUUGCACAGGAGAGAGGUGGAGGAGGAUCUGGACUCUGGCUUUGAGACAGAAGGCUGCUCAGCGGCUCAGCUGGCUGAGCUGAAUGGGGAGAAUCAGUGUGGAGCUCUCAGUAACCCUGACGGCCCCUUCGCUGCCUGUCACUCCGUCAUCCAGCCUGAUAUGUACAAGGAGGACUGUGUGUUUGAUCUGUGUGCAGAGCAGGACAGUUCCACACUGCGCUGUGAGAACUAUGCUGUGUAUGCCCUGGCUUGUCAAGAGCAAGGAAUUGUUUUAGGCCCUUGGAGACAACAACUGGGGUGUGCUCUGACAUGUAGUGCCAACAGCAGCUACACCACGUGUAUGACCACAUGUCCAGCAUCUUGUGCGGACCUGGCAGCUCCCUCAGAGUGUGAGCAGACUACAUGUGUGGAGGGAUGUCAGUGCGCUCCAGGAUUCGCCAUGAGUGACACCUUAUGCGUACCUUUCAGCCAGUGUGGAUGCACCUACCUUGGACGCUACUACACUCUGAAGGAAACCUUUGUGACAGACGACUGUUCUCAGAUCUGUGAAUGUACUCCCACUGGUGCAGUUUGUGAGCCCAAAGGCUGCACUAACAUAGAGGUCUGCACCAUCUACGAGACCAGGCGUGACUGCUUUAAAGUGAGUCCGUGUCUGAGCUCACCCUGUGAGAAUGGAGGUACAUGUGCAGAAUCAUCAGAUACUUCUUACACCUGCACAUGUCCAGAGGGCUUUACAGGAACCAACUGUGAGAUUGAGAAGAUUGAACCUGAGAAAGGAGGUCUAGAUAAAACAACGAUUAUUCUGAUUGGCGUGCUGGUACCGCUUGGCAUCAUCAUUAUUAUCACCACAAUUGUGUGCCUCUGCAAAAAAUCAUCCAGGCAAAGGAAAAACAGUUAUGACACUACAAGCAGUCACAGUCUACCACUGAAAAACAAAGGUGUCCCCUAUGAAAAUUUGGAUGGCUCAAGGAACAGUGUCAACAACACAGUUUUACAAGCCUCCAACUUCUGAAGCCGCAAGCCGUCCUGAUUUAGACCUAAUUUCAGUGUUUAUUUAUUGAAUUUUGAAAGUAAUGCUGUUAAAAAUGAGCAUGUGAACAAGAACAACUUAUACAUUUUACCAUUUUGCAAUCAAGGUUAUAUAACUUAUUUGUAAACUUUCCUGUAAUUUUUUCUUGUAAAGUUUCAGUUCUCUGUAUAUACCUUACACUAAUGAAACAAAAUUUAUGUGGUUUCUUAAAAGGAAAUAUUCCAAAGGACGAUGAUAAAUUAAGCCCAAAUCCAUUUAUUCAGUUCUUUCAAGUGCAAUAACCCAGCAGGAGAUGAAUACACGUUGGAAACACACUUUCACAAACUUUAAACACUUUUUUAUGCUUUAAACACUUUAAAUAACAGGGUUCAUAUAUAUCAAGCAAACCAAAACUCAAAAACAAGCCUAAAUGUUUCUAACAAACAUAUGAGACCUGCAAUUGAAUCACUUUUAACAUUCCUUUUUCCUUUUCCAGAAACAAUAAGUUACAACAAUUGAAAUAAAGUGCUUAGAUGAAAUAAAAAAUGUUCAACAACAUAUAAAAUGUUUCAUUUUGAUGCCUUUGACAAAGUGAAAAUAGAAUAUAAAAAAAUAAAAUAU